GUGUUGGCUGUCUUUUGCGUGUGUCUUGACAGUCUCUUUUCCCUCCAGGUGAAGCCUCGUCGGGGAGAUUUUCUCUCCGCUUUUCUGACUUUAAUCACGGCGUCUCUAGUGAAAAACAGCGCUUGGAAUAGUCCGACUGGAUCCAUACGACGUCCGGAGGACCGGAUCUGUUCUCGGAUUCAGGCCCUGGAUGGUUUCGUUUUCUGGAGGGGGACCUGGAAGCCCGGGCCCGCUGUUGGAGCAGGGAGGAGGCCCCGGCGCCCCCUGCUUCUGACCCAGAAAACAGCACCCUUAGCCGGCCUGUGUGUCUACUAGCAGGUCGGCUAGCCGCUAGUUACAUCGCCGCAACAAGAAAGAGCUCUCUCCAUCCUACUUUAUUUAUGUGAUUAUUUUUAUUAUUGUUUUAAACAACAGGAAAUACUUUUUCUGUAAUUAACUGAAGGGAAAGAGUCAUUUAAAAGCGGUUAGCAGAGAGGUAGUUUCUCUUCCUGACGGUGGUUCCGGAUCGGCUCCGGUACCAUCUCCUGGUUUUUCUGACCUUCGUGAGGUCCAAACGCAGACCAUGGCUGGCAUCAUUAAGGAGAUCGUAAGCCGGAACAAAAGACGGUUCCAGGAGGAUGGCUUUGACUUGGACCUAACUUAUAUUUAUCCCAAUAUCAUUGCCAUGGGUUUCCCUGCUGAGAGGCUCGAAGGCGUCUACAGGAACAACAUAGACGAAGUAAUCAGGUUUUUAGAUUCUAAACAUAAAAAUCACUACAAGAUCUACAAUCUGUGUGCAGAGCGACAGUAUGAUGCAUCCAAGUUCCAUUGUCCAGUGGCCCAGUUUCCUUUUGAGGAUCACAAUCCACCCCAGCUGGAACUGAUCAAACCUUUCUGCGAGGACUUGGAUCGGUGGCUGAGAGAAGAUGACAAUCACGUUGCCGCCAUCCACUGCAAAGCGGGAAAAGGUCGCACAGGGGUCAUGAUCUGUGCCUACCUGCUGCACCGCCGCAAGUUCAUUGUUGCACAAGAAGCUCUGGAUUUCUACGGCGAGGUCCGCACCCGAGACAAGAAGGGAGUGACCAUCCCCAGCCAGCGACGAUAUGUCUUCUACUACAACUUCCUGCUGAGGAACCAUUUGCAGUAUAAACCUGUCGCUCUGCUCUUCCACCGGAUGCUGUUUGAGACCAUCCCCAUGUUCACCGGAGGAACCUGCAACCCUCAGUUCGUGGUGUACCAGCUGAAAGUGAAGAUCCACACAUCCAACCCGAACCACAUGCGGCGAGAAGACAAGCUCAUGCUGUUCGAGCUGCCGCAGCCGCUGCCCGUCUGUGGAGACAUCAAGGUGGAGUUCUUCCACAAGCAAAACAAGGUGAUGAAGAAGGAAAAGAUGUUCCACUUCUGGGUCAACACUUUCUUCAUCCCGGGCCCUGAGGAAGAGGACCCCAACAGCCUGGAGAACGGCAGUGCUGGGACUCCGCGGGACAUAGACAGAACCUUCCAGAACCCGGGGAUCACAGCCAUGACAACUGGAGGGGAAAGCGACAGAGACUACCUGGUCCUCACUCUGACCAAGAACGACCUGGACAAGGCCAACAAAGACAAGGCCAACAAGAACUUCUCCCCAAACUUCAAGGUCAAACUGUACUUCACAAAGACUGUGGAGGAAGGCGGGAACUGUGACGCCAGCAGCUCCUCGGCUUCUGUGACGCCGGACAUCAGCGACAAUGAGCCGGAUCACUACCGUUACUCUGACACCACGGACUCGGACCCGGAAAACGAACCAUUUGACGAGGAUCCCCAAAGUCAGAUCACUAACAUCUGACACACAUGGACCUCAGGCAGUCUUUGGAACUCUGUGGUCAGAGUCCAGAUCAGUACUUAAGCCCUUUCCCCUGCCUGGACAAUCACGUGGCUCGGACCGUGUGGGCGGGGCCAGACCAUCCAGAUGGAGAUGGAUGAAAGGACAGAUUUUUAAAUUAAGGAGUAAAACUUGAAUCUCUAUUGAAAGACAAGUAGUUCUCUUUACUGACCACGCCCACGUCUGGAUAAAUCCCAAAAUCCUGUUCUCUCCUUCACCUCCAGUACUAGGAAGCUACACGCAGACUGCUCUUCAUAUUAUUAUUAUUAUUAUUAUUAUUUUUUUUUUAUGUCUCUUCUGUCAACUCUUCUAUCUGUCAAAAGCUUCAAACCAGAUCUGCUCUGUUUGGGUUUCGUCUGCUCUCUGGACUCUUCUGGAUUUGUGAAGGUCAGUACGGACGCAGCGGUGCCACGUUAGCAUAAAGCUCAUGUUUCAACUGUUAAUAGUUUCAGAAGUAAUGAAAAAAAAUGGUAAACAUAAAUAAAUCCAGCCAUAAAUAACAGAUUCUAGUUCAAAACCUUUUCCAGUGGUUCAGAGCUUCAAAUUGAAUUUUAAAACCAGAAAUAAAGCAAAUCCUCACGUGUCCGAAGCUAAUACGACUCCAAAGGUUAUUCUUUAUUUUUUUGUCAGUUUUUAUAAAUUUGCAGGGUUUGUGUGUCGGCCCUUAAGUUAUCACAGUGGGACCUUCAAACCAGUUUAGAGACUAAUGUUGCACAUGGGCAUCUUCUAAAGAUGACGUUUGAGCAUUUUGGAAGAUUAAUGGCACAUUUUUUGUUCAAAGCCCUCACGUAUUUGGACUUGUUUUUUAAACCUGUUUGUUUUUGUUUUGUGCACGUUAUUCUGAAGUACAGACCAGCACCUCGGCACAACUGCUGGUCUGCACCAGGCUGGACUACCACCAAAAUACGAUGUGGUGCUUGAAUAAUAUUUUGUUUCCUUAUUUUAAAUAAUAAAAAUAAAUAUUUCUGUUUUCACGCUGACUUUGAAAUCAUCCAAAAAGUUUUUGUCCCCUUGGCCUUCAAAGGUCCAGGCCAGCAGGGUGGUCCAAACAGGUCUGAGCCAGUUUGAGUUCUCUGGGGUUUUUUCUCUGUCUGAUGGAGCCUAGAUAGAUGGGUGGGGAUGGACUGCUGGACUGCAUGGUUUCUGGUUGUCCUAGGGUAUGCUCCCAGACCAGAUGGAACCAGCCUAGGAUGAUGCUACCUGGUUUAGAUUAGCCUGAACUAGUUUUGUGUCUGUGCCAGUUUGGACCGGUCUGUUAUUCUAGAACAUUACAAAUCAAAACCUGUGCCACUAAAACUUGUUUGUACUGAUAGUCUGUCUACAAAUGAGCUCAAACUAAAAAUUACACAACUGUCUGGUUCCAGCAUGAACACUAACACAAUGAAGCAUUCCUGUCCACAAGUCCUGGUUGGACCAAGUUGGCGCAGUUUUGAUUGGGUUCCAAUGUUGAAGGUUGACAGAAUCAUGUCACAGAUUGUUUGUAUGAAGCUAAACGCAAACGUUACACAGUGUGACCAUUCCAGCGGCAAGUUAAGGCAUCGCAAAUGUGAGCGGGGUUUGCUGAUUCAGAGUGCAGCAUGUUUACUUUUAAAGGUGCAGCGCGAGUUUCUCCAACUUUGAGUCGUAGCUGAUUUCGCAGAUAACCUGAAAUUAGUUUGAAAUAUUUCCAGUGAAAAUACUGAAAGAUGUCACGUCGUUUUCACGCCGAGACUCGCCGUCCUCCAGAAGUUAGCAUUUUUAUCAGGUUCAGCUUCAGACACACUUUACAAUGUUUAAGACGAUUCAGUCAAACAAACAUCACGCACAAACAACUCCGAUCAGACUCAGUGAUCCCCGAUCAGGUUCUGUUCUGUCUCCUAAUUGGUCAUUUUCUGAACAUGAACAGACUUUAGCAGGAUCUCUGCAUGCCCGCUACAGUACUGUAAUUUCCAUUAUUACUAAUCUAUUGAUCAUCAGUUAUCAAUCCAUUCUGCUGGGGUAAGAUGACCAAUCAGAAAAUUAACUUUAAACCAUUUGUAGCAUAUUAAUGUCAGCAAAAAGAAAGUAAUGAUCUAAGCUCCGCCCCCACUAUUGAUUGGUGGAAGUAUUGAAACCAUUGUCUGGUUUUAGCCCUUACACACUGAAUCAUUUAAAUCCAGAUAAUUGAUGAUGUAGCCACCAUACUGAUACUAGAUUGAACACUUCAAUCAACUAAUCAGUUAUCUGUUAAGUUUUGAUGUCCACAAACUGAAAGUUGGUUCUAUUUGGCAAUUUCUUGAAAUCCAUCUAGAAAGUGGCUUUUAGUUGGACUUGAAUGCACAUCAAUGUCCAGGUCGAGCACACAAAGUUGAUUUAUUCUUGACUGGAUUGUGAUCUGUGUUUGAAACAACCAGAGGGGUUGUCUACAGUCAAUCCAGUUUCAGGGUGAUCGGUGCAUCGCCAACAGCCGUUUUAAACCGUCCACUGACAGCCUAACCCAACAUUUGGUGCUACAGGCCUUCAUCUGUCCUGUGUGGUCUUCUUUAUCUGUACUCUUUGCCAUUCUGGAUUUGGGUCUGUUCCUGUUGCUAACUCAGUCAGCCUUGGUAACAGUCGGAUCACAAAUGUUCUGGUUACACAGGAGGCUUUCUGGAUGUUUGAGGUACAGGCACCAUCAUCACGAGUCACGUCCUUAAAUGUUGAGUCUCGAUCCUGCAACUCAGAUUUGUGCAUUGUAGAUGGUUUGUGACACAGCUGUUGUGUUGCUAAUCGUCAUAAAAUGAUUUGGGGAAAAUCAGCUUGUUCCCUGAGGAACACCCACUGCUAAAACCUGUCAUCAGUUCCUUUUUCACCUGUAUAAUGCACCGCUGUCAGAGUGCUGGUAUAAAUACUGCACAACUUUACACCAUGAAUGUUCGUUUGGCACGGUUGGAUUGCAUCGUCAUGGAGAAAACCACUAACGUCUGUCAUUAAUUCCGAGCAAAACGCUGCAGAGCUAGCACAUAAAUCUUUGUCGCACUUUAGAAAAUUUGAGUUUUUGAUGUUUCCCAAGCGUAACCGCUCUGUGACAUUUUAAAUUCAGACCAAAGUCAGCGAUGAAGGAAAACAACUGAUAUUAGCUUGUUAAUUAACCAUGCUAUCUCCCUUAUUAGCUAGCUUGCAGUAUUUAUUUUACAGACGUAGCCGCUGCCCUUACCACUUUGUGAUAACUUAAAAAUAUUAUCUAAGGACAAAGAGCCACGAUUUUGGUUCCUGCAGGUGCAUGAUAGUGACUCAUUUCUUGCUCUUGUAGUUGAGCUGAAGCUUGUACCGUCCAGUCUCAUCUUACAACUGACCCAAUAUGGUUUUUGUUUUUUGUUUUUUUUCUACGCGUCAUAGUUAGCUUAUACAUUAGCCACCACUGUUACCAAGACAGGUUGUGAUCGGACAGCAGGGUAGACGCAUGAAGCCAGCAUCCCACAGGUCAAAAGAGCAGGAGUAUAGGCCCGUUCUCUCCAGCAGGGGGUGAUAAAACAAACUAUAAAGUUUCAACCAGCAUUUGAGUUCCAAAACUGGUCUGGAACAGAUCCACAGUUUUAGUCAUGAAGCGGUCUGUGAACUUAGAUUUUGCUGUUGUCAACGUAGCAGUACCAGGAUCAUCCACCAGGAUAAAAAAAAACAAAGCAAUGAAAGAAAGAGCUGUGUCCUCUUUGAAACAGGCAAAUGCUGCACAAACAACUAAAGCUCGUAAAAAUAAAUAAAAACAGGUGCGUUGUUUGUCACAGCUUCCUGUUUCCUUAAGUCUGUGCUAACGGGCUAGCUGGUGCUUUUUUCAGGCAUUUUUUCAGGCCAUGGUGCAUUUUUAGGUGCUAAGUUAAACCAUUCUAUCUGGUGCUGUCGUUAGUGCCGAGCGUUCCUGACGUCACGCUGUGACCAAGUCCAUCAGUGCGUCCACCUGUACUUCAACAUAUCUUUGUAUACCAUCUUUAUUUACUUCCACACACCCGCCAAAA